AUGCGCCGUGCAUUACCACGAUAUGGCUCGUUUGAUUCGCGGUGGAAGACGAACAGCUCUACAAAACUUCUCCCAGUACGCGGGCAGAUCACUCGGUCCAAGCUGCACUUUCCGACAAGCGCUGUUUACGCGGGAUGGAUGCAAACAGAACAGGAAGUCAUAGGAUUCGUUUCCAUAUGCUUGUCUGCGUUGCUUAUGUCCAAGUUUGCGUCUGGAGAAGGACGUCGUGGGCUCUCUAGAGAAGAAGUGGGCAAACCCAGAGGUGCUCUGAAAGCGGGCUUGGAUCUGGAUUGGGGAGUGUGCGAUGACAUGGGGCCUCGGGAAUGCAUGGAGGACACAUAUCAGGUAAUGAAAGGCCGGGAUCACAUUUUUGCAUCGGUCUACGAUGGACACGGCGGUUCAGGUAGCUCGCAAUAUCUACGGUCCAACUUCUACGGGUUCAUCAGCUCGGUAUUGAUGAAGAAUAGAAGACUUCUCAGCGACGCAACCGUUACAGUAGACGAACUACAUGAUAUCACUAAAAACUUGUUUACAGACGUAUUUGAGACCGCGGACAGCGCAUUAAUCGAUCACAUAGCUAGUCUUGGUGAUCCAGAGUGUUGGAGUGGUAGCACGGCUACGAUGUGCCUUGUAGGUUCUUUGCGGUUGACUUGUGCAAACGUGGGAGAUAGUAAAGCUGUUUUGUGCCGUGCUGGAAAACCCAUUGAACUCAGUGUUGAUCAUCGUCCAACGACAUUGACUACCUCUGGUCGAGGUGAAAUUAAGCGUGUAGUUGAAGCUGGUGGUUGGGUUUCUCAAAGUAGAGUGUGUGGUGUUCUUGCUGUUACCCGCGCACUGGGAGACUAUGAGUUCAAAGGGGGGCGAUUCGAGCUUCUCGCUGAGUUACAAGACAUGGAUGAUAGACAGGCAGCCACAGCAACAAUGCAAACACCUCCAGUGAUAUCCAUACCGCACUGCGUCACGUUAGCACGAUCAAGUGAGGAUGAAUUCCUGAUUUUGGCAACAGACGGGCUAUGGGAUACAAUGAACGGCGCACAAGCAGUGACUUUCGUCCGAACUGAGCUGAAAAAGACACCUGAUAAAAGUAUGCAGGCAGUUGCUGAUGCUUUGGUGGCGAGAGCUCUACGUUGCCGAACACAGGACAACGUUGCGUGCAUCGUGAUCAAGCUCAACAAAUAG